UAAAUUAGAACGUGACUAAAUCCAAAACAAGCAAAAGUGGCUCAGCUCAGCCGAUCUGCCUCUCUCUCUCUCUCUCUCCUGCCUCCGUGUGUCUCUGUGUCCGUGUCGUGGCUCUUUCCAUGGACAUGGAGGUAGACCCAGACUCGGCUCAAAACCGCCUCUUUUAACUUGACCGCUCAUAUAACCUCGGCUGCCCUCUUCCUUCCCCCUCUGUCUCUAGUCGUCAAUCGUCUUCAUCUGCUGGAAGAAGCCCUAGCUCCCACCGGCUCCAAUUCCAUCGCUCUGCCCAGCAGAAACAUCAGAUGAGCGGCGGCGGUAGCAGCAGCAGUCCUCCUCCGCCGCCGGAUGAUGCUUGGCGUGAUUCUUACAGACGACUGCAGCCUCACUGGCAAUCCGUUACCCUAUCCCACCGGACGGUUAUCCCGAUCUCAAUAUCUAGAGUCAAUCAAUUUGAUGCUGCAAGAUUGGAUAUUGAAAUGUCUGCCAUGCUAAAAGAACAGCUCGUGAAGGUCUUCUCUUUGAUGAAGCCAGGAAUGUUAUUUCAAUAUGAACCAGAACUCGAUGCUUUCCUCGAGUUUCUCAUUUGGCGGUUUUCCAUUUGGGUUGACAAGCCUACUCCUGGCAUUGGACUGAUGAAUCUGAGAUACAGAGAUGAGCGUGCAUCAGAGACCAGAGGGAAAGUUAGAACGGGCUUGGAAGGACCUGGUCUUACUGUUGCUCAGAAGAUUUGGUAUUGCGUUGCCACUGUUGGUGGGCAAUAUAUCUGGGCCCGCUUACAAUCUUUCUCUGCUUUUCGUAGAUGGGGUGACACCGAGCAGAGGUCAUUUGUCAGGUUGGCUUGGAUCCUGCUGCAGCGAGUAGAAGGAUUUUAUAAAGCUGCUUCAUUUGGAAACCUGCUCGUAUUUCUUUGCACUGGAAGGUACAGAAACCUCAUUGAGAGAGCUUUGAGAGCAAGGCUGGUGUACGGGAGCCCUAAUAUGAAUCGAGCUGUAAGCUUCGAGUACAUGAAUCGGCAAUUAGUCUGGAAUGAAUUCUCGGAAAUGCUGUUAUUGCUGCUUCCUCUUCUCAACUCAUCAUCUGUACAGAACCUUCUCCGGCCUUUUUCAAAGGACAAAAACAUGGACUCCAAAGGGGAUGACUCUACUUGCCCCAUCUGUCAGAUUAGUCCAAGCAUUCCAUUUCUUGCUCUCCCUUGUCAGCAUAGGUAUUGUUAUUACUGUCUCCGUACUCGGUGUGCUGCUGUACAAUCUUUCCGCUGUUCCCGAUGCAACGAGCCAGUUGUUGCCAUGCAACGGCACAAUGUUCCGACGGGCAAUCCAAGUUCAGGAAAAUGAUUAACACUCCAAAUAGCAGGAAUUCAUUGGUUCACAGCAGGUUCCCAUCAAGAUCGAGAAUGCCUUGUUCUUAGAGCCUGCAAUUUGUGCUAAGCUACUUUAUGUACACUCCAAUUGAAGUUGAUAGUAAGGAAAGGGUGUGAUUUCCCGGGGGUGGUGGGGGGGUGUAAGGGAAGCUCCACUGGUUGUAUUGAUCGGUUUUCUGGGUUUGAAACCAGAUCAGAGCGAGAAAGAGCUGCAAGUUCACGUUGCAUUUUUCUAUCGUGAACCAUGACUUAGAAAAUUUGGGAAAGGAAUUGGAUAUGGAAGGGCCAGAUUUGAUUUUAUUUGCCAAUGUGGGAUGACAAUAUUAUAUGUCAUCAUCAAAAAAGAAGGUUGAUUUUUGUUGUUAGAAUGGUCGAGUAAUUGUUUGAGACAAGAUGUGGAUUCAAAUGUACAUUAUAUGUAUUAUUUAAUGACGGGUCUUUUUCGGCAUCGAAUAA